AUGUUUAACAAUAAACCGCAUUAUAAACGCCAAGUGCCCGAUAGAGCACAGUUCACACAUCACAAGCACCGGCAUCAGCACGACCUCAGGUGCCAUCAGUGUCCGCCCGGUCACUACGUUAAGGUGAAGUGCGAUUUGAGCCCCGGGACCACAACAGGGACCCAAUGUGCCGCCUGUCCGCCCAAUACAUACCAACCGCACAACUCAUACAAAAGCCAUUGCGAGUCGUGUAGUAAAUGCGGUGAAGGCCUGUAUGCGAGCCAUACGUGUUCGCCGACCGCCGACACCGUCUGUAACUCGUGUCAAACCCAACGGCCCGACACAUCAUCCCAUGACUAUCGACUCAAAUGCCUAUAAAGAGAGAGAUAUUUUCUUCCGUAUCGAUCACUUUCUCAUCUCUUCUCAUCUCUAGUCUUAAUUGUAUUCAAUAGAAAAGUAAUUUUCAGUUAAAUUGUUUGAACAUAUGAUUCAAAAUUUGUUUUUAUUAAAAAAUUGUCGGUC